AUGACUUUCGAGGAAGUUCUCGUCCAGAAGAGCGAAGAGACUCACUUUGCUGGGAAGACUUUAGAAGACGUUUUGGUCACAGCCAAAAACAACGAUUGUCUCACUGUCGGAGUUUACGAGUCAGCCAAAGUCAUGAAUGUUGACCCGGACAGUGUGUGUUUCUGCGUCCUGGCCGCCGAUGAGGAGUACGAGUGCGACAUCGCGCUGCAGAUCCACUUCACCCUCAUCCAGGCCUUCUGCUUCGACAACGACAUCGACAUCGUGCGCGUGACAGACCCUCGGCGUCUCGCGCGCAUCGUUGGCCACGAGUCCGGCGACGCGGACGAUGCGCACUGCGUCCUCAUCACGAACCCCGCCGAGGGCUCGUGGGAGGACCCAGCGCUCGAGAAGCUGCACCUGUUCUGCGAAGAGAGCCGCAGUGUGAAUGAAUGGGUGCCGGAGAUCAGUCUCCCGGAGCGCUGAACGGCCGCUGCACCACUCGGUGAGGAGAUGCUGUUAACCCUGAGGGAUCUGUCAUAUGGUCCCCCGGCCGAAGAAAGGAUGCUGGUUCUCGAUCCCGAUCCUGGGAUGCUGCAGAAGGGGAGCGCGCGGCCCCGGGCAGCGCGAGGGCGAGCAUGAUGAUGAACCAUGAUGAGGAGCGCUCUGCGGUGGUCGGCUGGUGCCAGGAGGAGUCGGCCCCCGUCUUUCAAGGGGAAGCGGUGUGGAUCAUCACGCCAGAGAGAACUUUGCGAUUGCGCGUUGGUCGGUUCACGCCGCAAUGACCCCACAUCUUGCACGUGGAUGCAUGUUUGGGC